AUGAACCCAGAACAAGCUGCACUUCAACAAUUCCAACAAUUAAAACAAGACCAAAACAUGUUGGCUAGACAACUUGCUGAUAUGGAUUCAACACUAAAAGAACAUAGACUUGUAUUAGAUGUUUUAAGUAAAGUUGAACCAUCAAGAAAAUGUUUCAGAUUAGUCAAUGGGGUAAUGGUAGAAAGAACAGCAUCAGAAGUUAUUCCAGCAAUUAACAAAUCGAUUGAACAAAUUCAACAAUUAAUGAAAGAGUUAAAUGAUAACAUUGCUUCAAAAACUUCUGAAAUUAAUAAGUUUAUGGAGCAUUAUAAAAUUCAACAAAGAGAUCAACCAAUUCUUGCUCAACCAUAA